AUGUCCGACGAAACCAAACCCGCCUCCGGCGACUCAGCCGUCUUGCCCAACGGCCUCGUGAGCCAUGGCGACUCCAGGACACGCCGAGUCUACGAAACAGCUCGAUCUCUCCAUUCCGGUGCUGUGAAAGAUCUGCUAUCUCUCGGGGUGUGCGAGAGAUGUAUAUUCCGAUUGGUAGCUGUCGAGCCUUUUGAUUCCGAUCUUUCUUCGGUCUCAGCAUCAACUCUACGAAGUUGGCUAGAAGUCGGUGAUGAUGAAGCUGGUUCAUCGGAGUCUAGAAGUCGGUGCUCCAGAAUCUGCAUUGUUUGUUUAGGUAUAUUGCAGUUCGUAUUUUCCGAUGCCAAACAAACGCUAGUGAAAUCGGAUUGUGGUAAUGGUUACGCUGCAAAGAUAACGGAAUUGGUGAAGCAGGACGGUCAUGAGGUCGAUAGCUUUGGCCUCGAAGUCUCUGUGCCAUCAAUUAUCACGGAGAAUGAACGUGAAGUCUUGUCAUACCUCAAAGGAAAGUAUAGCACCGAAGGUUGGCUGCAGAGGGAAAAAAUCUCUGUAAAGGAUGCAUUGAAAGUUCUAGUCUUGGAUCCACUUAAAACAUUGUUGGGUGCUAAAUCAGAUUCAAGCUCUUUUCACAUCCGUUUGACAUACGCAAAGGCAUCAGAUAUGGCUCAGGAUGCUUCUGAAACAACGCAUGAAAGAAAGAGGAGGAAAGCAGAUGAAGAGAAUGGAUCAAACUGUAUGUCGACCAAUUCAGUUGAAAAGGUGUCUGAACCAUGCAUCUUGUCAGUUCAUUGCAACAAGAUGCCUAUCUUUUUUAGUGGGCGAUACUUUAAAUACUCCAGAAAUGUAAGUCAAACACGAUGGAUUAUUGAUGAUGAAAGAAUGGGCGAGGCAUCUGUUGAGGAGAUAAUUGGUGGAAAUAUUCUUCCAGCAUGCCUUGGAGAUUCCUACAAGUUCCAUGCGGCUGGCAGAGAAGAUAUUGAUGUACGGAUGCUGGGUUCAGGUAGACCUUUCUUAAUCGAGGUUCAGAAUUCCCGCCAAUGCCCAUCUCAUCAAUUAUUGACAGAAGUUGAAGAAAAGAUAAACAACUCGGAGAAAAAACUAGUCGGAGUUAAAGACCUUAGAUGUAUUGGAAGUCAGUGUUGGGCAACGAUGCGUGAAGGAGAAGCAGAGAAACAGAAGCAAUAUGCGGCACUUGUAUGGAUUUCUCGUCCACUUGAAGAGAAAGAUUUCAACUCAAUUUCUUCUCUGAAAGAAUUGAAAAUAUUGCAGAACACACCAAUAAGAGUCCUUCACCGACGAAGUCCAUUGGAGCGAGAAAGGACUAUACACUGGAUGAAAGUCGAAAAGAUAAAAGGAAAUUCUCACUACUUUCUAUUGCAUCUAUGCACCCAGGCUGGAACAUACAUUAAAGAAUUUGUUCAUGGAGAUCUUGGUCGUACCACUCCCAGCAUGGGAUCAAUUUUAGGGUGCAGGGCAGAGAUAAUACAACUAGAUGUGACUGAUGUGAAAAUGGGCGAUUCUUGA